AUGGCUAACGCAAAUAUCAGCGUCGGUGGGCAGCAGAAUUUGAAUCUGGAACCCGCUAUUUUGGAGGGAGCAGACGCGCACCAGAACACGACACUGGGCAACUCAAAAAAUCAGAUAGCAGAGUCGGCCACUACAGAAUCUGCGCAAAUUUCGAAGAGAACCACAUUAGAGACCAAAGCGCCGGUAGACUUGCCGCUCUCGGCUGCUGCCCAUCCUGAUCCUCCCUCUCUUCUUCCGUUGAGCCCGCCGCUGUCUCCCGAGCGGAACGCCAGGGCAGCCAUGAGCUCAACGCGUCUCUUCAUAGCCUCGCUCGGCAACCCGGCGCCGUACCAAUCCAGCCGACACUCGGCAGGCCAUGUUCUCCUGCGUGCAUUGCAGUCGCACCUGCAGCUGCCCGCGCUCAAGAAGUCAAAGCCCUACGCCAACGGCCUGGUGUCCAUGGGCGCCGACGUUGGGCGGCCAGAGUACACGCUAUGGCAGUCGCCCAGCUAUAUGAACGUGUCGGGAAAGGAUCUGCUCAAGGCGUACAAGCAGUUCAUCGCCGAGUCGAGGUCUUUUGGGGGAGACUUUGGUCUGCCCGGGCUCGUGGUGCUGCACGACGAGAUGGAGACGGCGCCCGGCCAGCUGAGGCCGCGGAAUGGCAACCUGAGCGCAAAGGGCCACAAUGGCAUCAAGUCGGUGCAGCAGAGCUUGCAGUCGGCCGGGCUCAUGGCUAAGCUGACGGAACCUGGCGCCGGGGGGAAAUUCAUCAAAGUCGGCAUUGGGAUUGGUCGGCCCGCGGGGGGAUCCCGGGAGAAGGAUGUUGUUUCGGCUUAUGUCCUGGGGAACUUUACUGGCUCCGAGCACGCGAAUCUCGUGGGAAGCACGAGCAACUUGGUAACGAUACUAGAAGAUGCGAGAAUGAGUAUGAGCAAUUAA